AUGCUUUCAUUUUUAGUGCAAAAUGAUUGCCAAGGAACUGCAAGGAAGAACUGCACGACCUUCACACGGCAUGUCGACCGUUUUACCUUCGGUCACUGUUGUUGCGCUGUUGCAAUGGAAACCGGGAAGUCGAACUUAAUGACGAACACCCGCCGCAAACUAGAUCGAUCGAGGAGGAAAGAUGAAGCCGAGCGACCGGUUUUAGGACCCACCAAACCAGGAAGCGACGACUCGGGUUGGUCGUUCAAUGCGAAGAAGAGGCACCUUAGGCGGUAUGACCGAAAAUUGCCGGAAAUGUGUAGAAAUACGGUUUUUGAAAGGCCCACGCACACGUGCCCGACGAGACACGGUGCAAACGGUCAACCGACAAGGUGGCUGCCCAGUGUGUUGUUGCGCAUCACAUGAUGAGGCAUGAUGGGUGGUUGUUGAUGCGUUAUUUGAUAACGCGCGACCUAAGCUAAGCACUCUCUAUGCUGCCGCUGGUUCGGAUAGCGCGGCACCGCACAAUCAUGCCACCGCAAAAGACGUCAUAAACGCCAAAGAUCGGCACGAUCUACGCAGCGAAAAGCCAAGCUCCGUUUCACUUCCCGAGUUUCGCCGCAGAAGCAUAUUUUGUUGCUGCUUGAAUGACUUCUAACGUCUGCAGGCGCCUCAUCAUCACCGGGCGCUUUUUUUUUCCUCCCCCGGUGCUAAUUAAAUGCCUUCUUUACGCAGCCACGGUAAGGCAUUAGCUCAUGAAUAUGCCCAUCCAUCCAUCCGUAACGGUUGCGGGUUGAAAUCCAUUUUCCAUCCAUCCAGCAAUAAUGAACCUCUCAAUCGACGACCGGUGAACGUGUAAGAGAGAGCGAGAGCGCCGGUUUGAAGAUAUUCUUUGGCCACCAAUUUUCACUAUCCCUAGCGCACACACCUUCCAUCAAGGGCGUACUAGCAGCGGACCGAUUGCAACGAGCCGAUUUCCAUCCGUGUACCGUGCGUGCCCCUGCAUACAUACAUAUUUAUGUACAACCACGAGGUGGUAAAAUUGUCCCACAUUCUCUCAGCGGAAUGGCAUCAACGACAGAGAUUCCUCCGACCGUGAGCACCGCGCCCACCGCACCCCUGCUAGAGGAUCUCAACGAGGACACGUCCGGCUCGUCGUCGUCCACCACAACCGCGCCGACAACGACAGACAGUGGCAAACCCUCCACAUCGUACAGCUUCUCCUUCACUGGUUCGGACGGUUCCGGAGCCAGCAGCAGCAGCAGCAGCAGUAGCUUCACCAUUAAACGACCGCCGGGGACGGCGGUGGACACGAGCGCUGACCCUCCCUCCCCCCAUUCGACGGCCGGUGGGAGUAGCAAAGCACAGCUAGAAAAUGCCCCCGACGCGGAGGGAGGCGAUGGGGCGGCGGCCAGUUCCUCCACCACCACCGAGGCCGGCGAGGAGGAGAAAAAGGAUGACUCCAUGUUCGAGUGUAACAUUUGCCUGGACACGGCCAAGGAUGCGGUGGUCAGCAUGUGCGGGCAUCUGUUCUGCUGGCCGUGCAUUCACCAGUGGAUGAACGGGUACCGGAACACGUGCCCGGUGUGCAAAUCGUCGAUCAGCAAGGAGAAGGUGAUACCGCUGUACGGGCGCGGCGGCAGCAAGGAGGAUCCCCGCAAAAAGGUACCACCGCGGCCGGCCGGCCAGCGAACCGAGCCGGAACAGCCGCACGGCUUCCAGAGCUUUACCGGCGACGGCAGCUUCCACAUGUCGUUCGGCAUCGGUGCGUUCCCGUUCGGCUUCUUUACCUCCACGCUCAACUUUGGCGACUUUCGCGGCACGGGCAACAUGGCGCGAGAGAAUACGCGCGAAUCGGAGGAGGACCAGUUCCUGUCGCAGCUGUUCCUGUACGUGGCGCUCAUCUUCCUUGCCUGGCUGGCCAUGGCUUAGAGGGGAGAGAGAGAGAGAGAGAAGAACGCGGAAAACGUGGUGGUGGUGCCGUUCACGACGGUGAUGAUAAUCUGCCCGCAGAAAGCCAGCAAAAAGACAGUCUCAAAUGCGUUCCAACACGGUUUAUACACUUGUUUACGUUUUCCUAUCUGCAUCCUGUGAAGUAGUAUGUGUGUUGCGCGUGUGUGUGUGUGAGUGGCUUUUCUUUUUACCCCCGGCACACAAAAGGUGUAUGUAAUUUAUUGAAUGUAACAUGUAAAAAAAAAAAAAACAGAAG